AUGUCUAACAACUAUUCUGUGUAUUUUAUUAUUGCAAUCAGUGCAUUAUUUGCAAAAGUAAAUUGUAGUGAUGUGCCUGAUUCUUGUGCUUCUGAUGUAUUAAGUUGCUUCAAAACCGAUUUAAUACUAAUCGUGGAUCGAUUUGCUAAAAAAUAUACAAACAUUACUAUAUUUCCUGGCCUAUCACUAACAACUGAUGCAAUGGACAAUUUCGAAGACUUGCAAGUAAUCGGUCGAAAUUUGGAAAACACCUCAUCAACACUUGAUACAGUUAUUAUGAAACAAGCUUCAAAUUUCCUCAGAGGCCACUCUAUUGAUCUGAAUCUCUGGAACGUUACUAAAACUGUGACAGAAGCAGUCACAGCUCGAGGAAAAAAUAAAAAAGGUGAUGGUGGUGGAGGCAUGAUACUGAUAGCUGGAGGAAUGAUUUCAAUGUUGCUGGGAGCUCUCUCAUUAGGAGGCAUUGCUUUGAUAGCUGGUAAAGCACUACUUAUUGGAGUAAUUGCUUUUAUGAUAUCUUCGAUUAUUGGUAUGAAAUCUUUGUCAUCUCAGAAACAUGGAGGCGCUUCUGCGCCAGUAACUUAUUGGUAA